GCGCAGCCGUCCCCGGGGAGCCGCUCGCUCCUUCCCUGGCCCGGGCCCCCAGCGCAAGCCGGCUGGGCCAUGGCAGGCGCCGAGCUCCCGGGCCGCCGCUGAGCAGCCGUUACGCCGCCCGCCCGGCUCCGGCCCGCGCCGCCGCGGCCCAGGCUCCGCUCAAGUUUCCGCCCAGAAGCCCGGGCGACCGCGGGCCCCGAGCCCCCGGCUCGCCCGCUCGCCCGCUAUGUGGGGCCGUUUCCUGGCCCCGGAGGCUGGCGGCCGGGACAGCCCCGGCGGGGCCCGCGGCUUCCCUGCGGGCUCGGAUUAUUCAUCAUCAUGGUUACCUGGUAAUGAAUCAUUGUGGCAGGCCACAACUGUUCCAUCUAGCCAUCGAAAUAACCAUAUCAGAAGACACAGUAUAACUUCUGACAGUGGAGACACAGGCAUUGGCACUUCCUGUUCUGACAGUGUGGAAGAUCACUCAACUUCAAGUGGCACACUGUCUUUUAAACCUAGUCGAUCGUUGGUUACUCUUCCCACUGCUCAUGUGAUGCCAUCUAACUCCAGUGCUUCAGUUUCCAAACACAGGCAAUCUGUAGCAUCAGAUGGCUCUAAAUGGACUACAGGCCUCAUGCAGACACUGGGAGACCACACUAGAGGGGAACAGGACUCCUCACUAGACAUGAAGGACUGCAGGCCCCUGCGGAAAUGGUCAUCUUUGUCUAAACUUACUGCCCCGGAUAACUGCAACCAGAGUGGCAUUGCAUACACAGAAGAGUUGAGGAAUGAUUUGGAAAAGACAGGGAAGGGCAAGAAUUUCCCACCCCACUUAAGGACCUUUGGGCCCAGUUGCUUACAUGACAGUAUGGAGAUGCUUAAGCUGGAAGACAAGGAAAUUAAUAAAAAGCGGUCAUCAACUCUGGACUGCAAGUAUAAAUUUGAGAGCUACAAUAAAGAGGACAUCAGAGCCGCCUCCUCAGCUCUCAGGAGACAGACCUUAGACAUGACUUACAGUGCCUUACCUGAGAGCAAGCCCAUUGUGACAGGCUCAGAGGCUUUUGAGUCUCCCAAGUAUUUGAUGCUUGGCCAGCAGGCAGUCGGUGGAGUUCCCAUUCAACCUUCUGUGAGGACUCAGAUGUGGCUUACGGAGCAGUUACGGACAAACCCAUUGGAAGGCAGAACUACAGAGGAUUCUUACAGUUUAGCUCCUUGGCAACAGCCACAAAUUGAAGAGUUUCAACAAGGGAGUGAAACGCCAAUGCAGGUUUUGCCUGGAUCAUCUCGUCAGAGUUACUCGCCUUCUGGGUUUCAGGAUCUCAGUAAGUGGGAAUCAGUGUUGAAAAUAAAAGAAGGACUUCUCAGGCAGAAGGAAAUUGUAAUCGAUAGGCAGAAGCAACAAAUUAACCACCUACACGAAAGGAUAAGGGAUAAUGAACUACGGGCACAGCAUGCCAUGCUAGGACAUUAUGUAAAUUGUGAAGAAUCUUAUAUGAACAGUUUGCAGCCACCAUAUGAGAGCAGUUCAGUCCAGACUCCAUUUUCGGAGCAGUCAUUGUCCCAUCCCCAGCAAGAAGAACUUGAGCAAAAACUCGCAUCUACUGAGAAAGAAGUUUUACAGCUCAAUGAGUUUCUCAAACAAAGAAUAAACCAAUUUAGUGAAGAGAAGAAGAAAUUGGAGGAAAAGUUGAAAACCAGAGAUAGAUACAUCAACAGCCUGAAAAAGAAAUGCCAGAAGGAAUCUGAGCAGAAUAAAGAGAAGCAGAGAAGAAUUGAGACCUUGGAAAAGUACCUGGCAGAUCUUCCAACUCUAGAUGAUGUACAAAGUCAGAGUCUACAGCUUCAAGUUCUUGAAGAAAAAAACAAGAAUUUGCAAGAGACUUUGAUAGACACAGAGAAGAUGCUUGAGGAGAUCAAGAAGCAGUGUCAAGACAAAGAAAUGCAGCUACUGUGCCAGAAGAAGAAGGAAAAGGAGCUGGUGGCUUCCGUUCAGAGCUUACAACAAAAAGUAGAAAAAUGCCUUGAAGAUGGAAUCCGCCUUCCCAUGUUAGAUGCAAAACAACUUCAAAGUGAAAAUGAUAAUCUCAGAGAGCAGAAUGCGACUGCUAGUAAGAUAAUAGAGAGCCAGCAGGAUGAAAUUAACAGAAUGAUUUUAGAGAUUCAGUCUAUGCAAGGGAAACUUUCUAAAGAGAAAUUGACUGCACAGAAUGUGGUGGAAGAGCUAGGAAGGAAAGGAGGAAGCCUGCAGAGAUUAACAGACGCGCUGCUGGAAAGCCAAAGACAGACAGGAGAGGCGUACUCUCUACUGGAUCAGUGCCAGGAAGGAGAGCACUCUGGGUUGCAGACCGUCCGUUCUAAGUGGCCUCUCUUUGAUCUGACUGUGAUUGACCAGCUGUUCAAGGAAAUGUCCUAUUGUUUGUUUGACUUGAAAGCGUUGUGCAGUAUUCUUAAUCAACGAGCUCAGGGCAAGGAGCCUAACCUUUCGUUAUUACUGGGAAUCAGAUCAAUGAACUGUUCAGCUGAAGAGACUGAAAAUGACCACAGCCCAGAAACGCUCACUAAAAAGCUCUCAGAUGUGUGCCAGUUACGGAGGGACAUUGAUGAAUUAAGGACUACAAUAUCAGACCGCUAUGCUCAGGACAUGGGCGACAACUGCGUUACCCAAUGAUCAAGUGUUGGUCCACAGCAACAAUGAUCCAUUGUGA